AUGCCGCCGUCAACCAGCUCCAGCGUAGGCAACGUUGUCGAGGUCGUCGACAUCAUGGCCAUGGACUCCUGGGGAGGCCCAUCUCUGACAAUCUGCAAUGCGUCCGGCAUCGAGAUCGCGGUCGUCCCACUGCUUUGGACUCAAGGAAUCGCUAAGACGUACGGCGACCUGGCGGAGAUUCUGGAGCCCGUCUUCGAGGAUGAACGUGACCUGGGACACGACGACGACGAUACGCCCUGGCAAUGGCAAGUUCUGCCCAGAGGACAACUCCUGUCCAAUGAGGAGAGACUGUACGCGGGCGAGUUUGUUCUGCGUCGUUCGGGCGUGCGCAGCGCGUUGGUUCCCUCGUUCGCUUCUGCACCCCCGACUUCCACGUCUCGAUCGGAAUCCUCCCAGGCUUCCAGCCAUUCAGACAAGUCUGAUGGUAGAUCCGAGAAGUCCGCCAAGUGCAACGGUGAUACGGGGGAGACCGAAUUUGAGAUGCCCUGUUUCAUAAAGCCCACCAUCACCACGCAAAAUCGACCCUUCACGGCGGCGCUGGCGAAGCUCCACGGCAAGAGGAUCAAGUGGGACGGGGAACGGCCAAACCACCCGUCUGCAGCGCUAGCUCGUAUUCGUUACGCCCAGACACUCGGACAGCGCUUCUGCUUGAUCAAGAAGGUGAUAGUACCGCCUUGGAAGCCAACCCGCAGGAGCGUGCCGUCGCCAGAGGUGACGCCGCGCGCCACCAAGAGGGUCAAGCGCGACUUUACCGCUGCCGAGGAUGUAGGCAGCGAUUCCCCGAGCCCGAGCCCCGCUGCUCACCGCCACAGCGACCUCGAAGUCGACAUCGGUAUCGUGCUCGCGAGCGCGAUGGCUGAGCUCGGAUACACCGAGACCAUCGCGUCCGAUUUGGCUGCGGCCGUCGCCCGCACCGAGGCCGCGGUACAGCCUACCCUUCCCCUUGGCUCCGACGUUGAGUCCGCCAUCGCCGCCCACGGCAAGGCGUACAGCACUGACAAGGCGGAGCAGCUUGAGAGUGACGACGUCGGGCAAGCUUCAGCUGUUCAGACACUGAUGGCUUACCCUCUCCAUCAGGACGAGAAGGACGGCGCCCUUAGCCUCGAGGUCGCGGCGUCGAGGCUGAUCGGCCGAGCGCUGGCUGAGGCGCAACGUCUCCUCCAGGCGCGUGACCCUUCCCUCGCCGCCGUCGACGAGGGAAACGCCCUCUGUGCUGCCGCCUUCGCUAUGAAGUCGCUUAUCGUCAAGGGUGUCGAUGCGGGUGCCGGUGAAGGACAACCUGCUUCAGUCCAUCUUCUGGCCCUUGCGGCCGAGUUCAAGUCAUUGUCACCGCCGCCUGCCACUGCGUCCAUGCCCGACGGUGAAGCAGAGCCAAUCCCUUCUACCUGA